AUGUGGCGGUUCCCCAGACCUGGGGUAACGUUAUUGCUGUGGAUACUUGGAGUCCUCGGCAACCUAAGCACAGCGCGCUCAGCAUCCCAAACAUGUGACGAGGUGUUGGCCACCCCGCUACCGUACAGCGCGUUCACGGGGUCCUCGGUGCUGACCGGUGACUAUGGGGCCGGCUACGCCAAACUCAACAGGAGAGGAGGAGCUGGGGGCUGGUCGCCGCUGGACUCGGACCGCUACCAGUGGCUCCAAGUGGACCUCCGGGGCAGGAAGCAGAUCAAUGCCAUAGCAACGCAGGGCCGAUACAGCAGCUCUGACUGGACCAAGCAGUACCGGUUCCUGUACAGUGACACAGGCAGCAACUGGAGGGCCUACCGGCAGGACGGCACCAUAUGGACGUUUUCUGGGAACUGGAACUCGGAGAAGGCGGUGAGGCACAACCUGCAGUACUCCAUCGUGGCACGCUACCUGCGCUUCAUCCCCUUGGAGUGGAGCGAGGAGGGGCGCAUCGGGCUGCGCGUGGAGGUCUACGGCUGUGCCUACUGGACUGACGUGAUCAGCUUUGAUGGCCAGGGAGUAAUGUCCUACCGCUUCCGGGCGAAGAAGAUGCGCAUCCUGAAGGACCUGAUCUCCCUGAAGUUUAAGACGACCAAAGGGGACGGGAUCCUCCUGCACGGAGAGGGACAGCAAGGGGACUACCUCUCCCUGGAGCUCCAAAGGGCCAGGCUGCUGCUCCAGAUCAACCUAGGCAGUAAUCAGUAUGGCUCCAUCCAGGGCCACACUGCUGUGUCCAGUGGUAGUCUCCUAGACGAUGACCACUGGCACAGCGUAGUGAUCCAGCGUUAUCGUCGGAGCGUCAACUUCACCCUGGACCAGCACGUCCACAGCUUCCGAACCAAUGGAGAGUUUGAUCAUCUCGACCUGGAUUACGAAAUCAGCUUUGGAGGCAUGGCAGUGUCCAGCAAGCCCAGCUCUGGAGGCAGAGACAACUUUGUGGGCUGCAUGGAGGGCAUUGUUUACAACGGAGACAAUAUCACUAACCUGGUCCGCAGGAAGAAACUGGACACCUCCAGCUUUCGCAAUCUGACGUUCUCCUGCGCAGAGUCGCACAUGUUCCCCGUGUUCUUCAACGCCACCAGUUUCGUGCUGCUGCCGGGGCGGAGCGAUGCGGACACGAUGUCGGUGAGCCUGAUGUUCCGCACGUGGAACCCCAAUGGGCUGCUGCUGUUCUCGCCGCUGGUCUACGGGGGCGUGGAGGUCAGCCUGAUGGACGGGAAGGUCAUCGUGCACAUCUACGUGUCCCAGAAACAGAGCACACGCGUGGACAUAUCCUCAGGGUCGGGGCUCAAUGAUGGUCAGUGGCACAGCGUCCACUUCCUGGCCCUGGAGAGCUUCGCCAUGCUGACCAUCGACGGCGACGAGAUGUCCUCGGUGCGGGCGGCCCUUCCUAUCAUGAUCAGGACGGGAGGCUCCUACUACUUUGGCGGCUACUUCCCCCGGACCACCCUGUCCCCCACGCAGAGGACCUUCCAGGGCUGCAUGCAGCUGAUCCACGUGGACGAGCAGCUGGUGGACCUGCAGGCGGUGGAGAAGGGCUCGCUGGGGACGUUCGAGAAUGUCAGCCUCGACAUGUGUGCCAUCAUAGACCGGUGUGUGCCCAAUCACUGUGAGCAUGGCGGUCGCUGCUCUCAGACGUGGGACUCCUUCAGCUGUGCCUGUGAGGGGACGGGCUACACCGGGGCCACCUGCCACACCUCUGUGUACGAGCAGUCCUGUGAGGAGUACAAGCACCUGGGGAGGACGUCCGACACCUACUGGAUCGACCCGGACGGCAGCGGCCCUCUGGAGCCGUUUAAAGUCAACUGUGUCAUGACGGAGGAUAAAGUGUGGACAACUGUGGCCAAUGACCUGCCUGCCCAGAGCCCAGUGAGUGCAGAGCUGGAGUCAGCCACGGUGCUGGAUCUCAACUACAGCAUGUCAACUGAACAGAUUAAUGCUAUCACCAGCAGUGCAGAACACUGUGAGCAGUACUUGGCCUAUGCCUGCCGCAUGUCUCGUCUACUCAACACACCAGCAGAGGGGCCUCCGUUCACCUGGUGGCUGGGCAGAGGCAAUGAGAAGCACACCUACUGGGGGGGCUCAGGGCCAGGUGUCCAGAAAUGUGCCUGUGGGAUCGAACGCAACUGCACUGAACCCAGCCACUACUGCAACUGUGAUGCAGACCAGAGGCAAUGGAGAGAAGAUUCUGGAAUCCUCAUGUAUAAGGAUCACUUGCCCGUCAGUCAGGUGGUGGUGGGGGACGUGCGGCGCUCUGGCUCUGAGGCCCGCCUCACUGUGGGGCCUUUACGUUGCCAGGGAGACCGUAACUACUGGAACGCUGCCUCCUUCAACACGCCGGCGUCCUACCUGCACUUCCCCACCUUCUCAGGGGAGACCAGCGCAGACAUCUCCUUCUAUUUUAAGACCUCGUCCACUUACGGCGUCUUCCUGGAGAACCUGGGCAACUCUGACUUCAUCCGCCUGGAGCUCAAAUCACCCACCACUGUCUCGUUCUCCUUCGACGUGGGCAACGGGCCAGUGGAGCUGACCGUGAGCUCGGCCGGCCCGCUCAACGACGACCAGUGGCACAGGGUGGAGGCCGAGCGCAACGUCAAGGAGGCGGCGCUGCAGCUGGACGGGCGGGACAGGGAGGUGCGCCUGGCUCCGCCCCAGGGACACACCCGCCUGCAGCUCUUCAGCCAGCUCUUCGUGGGUGCAUCAGGCGGUCAAAGAGGUUUCCUAGGAUGCAUCCGCUCCCUGAAGAUGAAUGGUGUGACCCUUGACCUCGAGGGGAGGGCUGAGGUCACGCCGGGGGUGAAGCCUGGCUGCUCGGGACACUGCAGCAGUUACGGCAUGCACUGCCAGAAUGGGGGGAAGUGCCUGGAGAAGUACAACGGCUACUCCUGUGACUGCUCCCUCACCGCAUUUGAUGGCCCUUUCUGCACUGAAGAUGUUGGUGGCUACUUUGAAAAAGAGACGGUGGUGCGCUACGACCUGAUGUCCGACCCUGGGGCCUCUGCUCUGAGGGACGGCAGAGGAGCCCUGUCCCCGCUGAGCGGCGAGGCCAACCUGACGCACGAGGAGCUCACCUUCAGCUUCAGCACCUCCAACUCCCCCAGCGUGCUCAUCUACGUCAGCUCCAGGACACAGGACUACCUGGCCGUCGUGCUGCGCCACAACGGCACCCUUCAGAUCCGUUAUAACCUCGGGGGGCUCAGAGAGCCGUUCACCAUCAGUCUGGACCAGCGCAACAUGGCCAACGGGCAGCCCCACAGCGUCAACAUCUCCAGACAGGGCAGGGUCAUCCAGCUACAGCUGGAUCAUUAUCCAUCAGUGAGUUACAUGUUACCAGAGGCUUCAGACACAGAGUUCAAUCUUGUCAAGACAAUAUUCCUUGGAAGGGUUUUAGAGACGGGUCAGAUUGACUCCGUGAUCAUCGAGAAGUACAACACCCCGGGCUUCGUGGGCUGCCUCUCCCGAGUGCAGUUCAACCGCAUCGCCCCUCUGAAGGCAGCGCUGCGAUCAGGUGCCUCCUCGACGGCUUCAGUGCAGGGCGUCCUCGUGGAGUCCAACUGUGGGGCGUCUCCUCUCACUAUUUCUCCCAUGUCUGCUGCCUUCGACCCCUGGCACCCAGAAUCAGCUGGUGCCCAGUUCCCUUUCAAUGAAGAGAGGGUGGGCCGAGAUGGGCUGAAUCGUGACUCUGCCAUCAUCGGGGGUAUCAUCGCCGUGGUGAUCUUCACCAUCUUGUGCACCCUGGUGUUCCUGGUCCGCCACAUGUUCCGCCACAAGGGCUCCUACCACACCAACGAGGCCAAGGGAGCCGAGUCGGCGGACUGUGCCGACGCCGCCAUCAUAGUCAACGACCCUGCCUUCACAGAGACUAUUGAGGAGAGCAAGAAGGAAUGGUUCAUCUAGGCAGAGGGUUCUGGAGUGUUCUGAGCUGAGCAGGACUGUCCACACAGGCAGGCCUAAAAAUAAAGUCUACUCAAUGAAUGAUCAGAGGAGCUGUACAGUCGGCUUGGGGGAAUUGCCCCCCUCGGACUUGGUCUGGGUACAGGCUGGCAUGUCUAUAAUGUAAUUAUGUUGUGUGCAAGUACAAGGAGUUCAGUCUACUCCACUAAACCAUUACAUGCACAUAGGAGGGCAUAUGUUUUUUUUUUUUUUUUUUUUUUUUUUUUCCUAAAACCAGACUUACAUCCAAAUACAUUGUGCAUUUAUCUCAUAUUUGAUUGUGGAACUAUCUGUGUUUAAGAUCAACAAGACACUUUUGAUAGAGCAUUGCAAUUGCUUUACAGACAUAAAUGCACCACAUUGCCUGUGUGAGAAUUAGCAUAAUGCAAACAAAUUAUGUUUAUUUAUGUUACAGACAAUGACAUUUGAUUGUAUUUAUAAUGGGCCCUGUAGUUAAUAUCUCCAGGAAGAUCGAAUGUCAUGUUAAAAAGACAAUAGUUUUUCAGUUUUAUCAUACAUUUUAAGAUACUCCCUUUCAAGUUACCAAAAUUCAGUGUUCUCUAGUCCAUGAUUGUUGUACAUGUUUUGCUGAAUUGUUGUGUACUGUGGUGAUUGUACUGAUAUCACCAUGACCACAUAGACAACAUUCAAGUGACAAUUUCAUUAAAAAUACCUUUUCAAAAAAACUAUAACCGCUCUUCAGGUACGUAAGACGUAGGCUAGUGUUAGAUGUUGGUGCCGGUGUGAACAGUAACAAUGGCAUUUCAAUUUAAUACCAUACCACUUUAAACAUUCCACACAGCAUGUUUCAUUAAACCAAUAAUAACAAUAAAAGUGGUAGUGAUAACAAUAAUAAUAAUAAUGACUCUGCCAAAUCUUUAGGCCAUGUGCUUUAACUGGAUUGAACAAACACAUUUGAGUAUGAGUAAGCACAAGCACAUUAUAAUUAACAUGCAGCUCCACUGCCCUUUUUGAUACAAUAAUGUGCUCAAAAGGGUGCCAUUUUCUGGACAGCAAUUUUCCAACAUUACCACAAUUUAGCAUUACCGAUUUCAUUUGAGACCUGUACAAUUUAAACUUACAUUUAUAAAUGCUCUUUAAAAGAGAAAUGUUUACAGCACAUUUUUACAUGAAAUUUCCAGUUGAACAAUGAUAAUACAUGUAUGGUACCUCUGCACAUGUAUAGACAUUAGGUUUCAGUUAGAAUAUUUGCUGUACAAUGAUCAUUUUUCAGCACCCUAAUCUUCUAAAAGCACAAUUUUAAUCUUUAAAAAGUUUGCUCUUGACAUACAUGUUCUAAACAUAAUAUAAUCUAUACAAUCAAGUUCAAAGGGGUCACUCGAGUUAUUAUGUAGAGUAGAGACUCAGUCAGCUUUUUGAUGCAGUUAUGUAAAAUAUUGGCUAACGUUCAGGGAAACAUGCAGUAAAGGAUAUGUGGUCCACUCUUGGUUGGGAGAUUGGACAUUACUCACUGACUGGCUUCAGUUCUAAGGCUCUUAUUAAAACAAUAUAGCUGUCAACAACAACAUGAACUGCAGUGGUUGUAACUCAAAAGCGUAUAAUCCACAACAAAACCACAUUGAUCAUAGUCAACAUUUUGCUUGUCAGACUCAAACCGUAAAGAUUUAAUUUAUGUCAUUAAAACCCUCAUUGCAUUGUCUGAGAAAACAAAUCACUGGCAUUACCACUAGGCCUAUUAGACACCAACAUCCAACAAUUGCUUUAGUUGCGUAACCUGAGCAGCAACUGACAAAAUGAAAUAUAUUGUCUGACUAAAUCCUUUUAAAGUGCCUCUGGGAUUUAGCAUACUAUAAUGACAAAAACAUUGACAUGUUUUGUAACAGAUUAUGUGGUUGAAAUUCAGGAUAAGUUGUUUGAUUUUCCAGCCUAUUCAGGUUUCCAUCUUAAAUUUAAAGGGAGAACUUUUAGGAGUUAUCAGCUAAACUUUUAUUGUGUUUCCGUUGAAUGUACUGCUAUUGUUGAACGUCAUCUUCAUUUGCUAAAAAUGGCUCAUGCCUGAAGUUAAUUUUCACAAUGCCUUCAUUUUUUGUGCUAUUGUCGUGACCAAUUAUUUUUGGAACAUUUGUUGUCUUUAUCAUUAAUAUAAUAUUUCUCUUUGAUGCUCUAUGGCUGCUGCAUUUGCCUGCUCCAAUUUAGUAGUGUUUUUUAUAAUUAUUUUGGCAAGCAACACAGCAACAACAAUGAAUAGCAAACGAAUUCAAGAAUUCCCCACAUUUAUUCAGAGCAUAGCCUACAAAAAUGUAAACGUGUCAGUAUUAUUUUUAAAUCACAAUUGUUUUUCAUAAGCUCAUUGAAAUGGGAUAUGGUCGUCACUGAUAAUAGAGGAUGGAUUGAGAUCCACAGUGAGAGUAUUACUGAUGCUGAUUGUUUGUUUGUUUGUUUUUUCCUUUCUUUUAUCGUAUGAAUGUGAAUAAGUCACUAUAAUGAAACCAUAACACAUAUCAAUAAAUAUCAGAACUCUUUCUGUUUUGAUAAGAAA